AUGGCGUCGACGACUCCGACGGAAACGAAGCAGCCCGAUUUGUGGAUUUCGGAAUUCGUCACGUUUGCGGCAGCGACUGUUUUCAUUGGAUUGCGUUUAUUGAGUCGACGGCUUACGAGGAUUGAGUUCUGGUGGGAUGACUGGUUCGCCAUUGGAUGCUAUGCCGUGGCUAUUGCUUGGGUAGUGAUUAUCCCUCUCUGGAUAGAGGAGGGUCUGGGACUUCACAUCAACGAGAUCAAGUCCACCAAGACCAAGGCGGAGAUCUUAAUGCAGAACAGUCUCCUUCUAUACGUUGCCGAGCUAUUCUAUGCGACUGCCCUGUUCUGCGCCAAGGCUUCCAUUCUGAGCUUCUACUGGCGCAUGUUCCGAGUUACAAACAUCAAGCUACCUAUCCAAAUCCUUGGUGCAUCUGCCUUGAUCUGGAUCAUCAUCCGAACAAUCAUGGGUAUCUUCCACUGCAUCCCCGUUCAGCGUUUCUGGGACCCUUCCGCGGGAGGCUCAUGUGCCAUUGAGGAUAAGAAGUUCUUCUUUGGCACAAUUCUGGUCCACGUCAUUCUCGAUAUUGCUAUUCUCGCCUUGCCGAUUCUACAGAUUCGGAAACUGCAGUUGCCUACUCUCCAGAAGAUUGGUAUUAUGCUGAUGUUUGUGUUUGGUAUUGUCAUUUGUGUUUCCGCCAUGGUAAUUAUCGUGGCCAGUACGCAGUUCGAUGCUACUUCCGAGGAUCUUACAUGGAAUCUAUGUACCAUUGUCAUCUGGGCUUCAGUUGAAGUCAACCUCGUUACCGUGUCGACAUGUCUACCCACCGUCCGACCAGCCUGUCUUUACAUCUUCUCCUGCGGCAAUCCUUCAUCCCAAAUCGGCUCCGGCUCCAACAGCUACGGGGGUCCCAGCUACGGCCGUAGCCAGACCAAGAACACGAUCCGCCUCUCGACCCUACCGAACAACAAAGACAACGACGAGUCCAGUUCGACACACCAGCUUGCCGAUUCCGAACAAGGCCGCGGUUCCAUGUCUGAUUUUGAAACCCACGCCAUGGACCGGUACCGUGGAAACGUGGCUACCGUCACUGGGCCAUCGCAUGAACGGGGAUCAGAUGAUGAGUUUCCCACUGGUACGUCGUUCGGUGGAAUUAUGGUUAAGAACGAGACGACUGUGCGCGUGUCGCCAAGAAGCAGGCAUUCCUAG